AUGAAGAACAGGCAGAAGUCGAGAAGCGGUUGCCGGACGUGCAAGCUCAGGCGGCCUGGGUGCCGAAACUGUGCCCAGAAAGGGUUCGAGUGUCCGGGCUACCAACAGCGUCUCCAGUGGUCCACAAAGCACGAGAGACCAACCGCAACAAGGACAAGCGGUCCCGCAAACUUCGCCCAACUCGUUACCGCUGCCUCCGAGUCCAUAGUCUCGAAGGCGGCAGCGGCCGCCGACGGCUCGGGCCAUGACGGGGCUAGGACUUCGGCUGUGGCUCCGAUAUCCACUGCCUUGCUCACUGUUCCCUUCACGCCGUCGUCCACCGCCUCACCAACUGCAUCCUCUUCGACCUCGCCGUACUCGUCCCCAUCUUCAUCCACGCCGUCUCCACCAGCUCAGUUGGAGGACCCCGUCCUGAGCGCCGAAAGCCAUGCCGUCUUAGUGCCCGUGGUGCCUCCCGUGGUGGGCCCUGUGGUGCCUGAGACAGAGCCAGAAUCCCCCGAGGAGCCCGGUCAAGAACCAGAGCUGGCCAUGUCCGCACCCGUCAUUGACAUUCCGACCUUUUUGAUAGAGCACUGGUUCAAAUCCGUUUGCUCUUUGUGGUCGGCGCUCGACUCUCCUUCUAAUCCAUAUCGUCAACUGACAGCUGAUCUCUGGCAUAACUCAACGCCAGUCUUCUACGCCCUGCAGUCCAUCUCGGCUGCUUCCCUCGUCGACCGGCUCCCUUGUGUCAUGAAAGAUACGGCCCGAGCUGCCCCACGCAAGGCGUUUGAGGCCAUCAGACAAGAACUUGUCACCUUUUCGACCGGAUUUCGCCCCAAGUUCCCCACAGGGCUUCUCCUGUCGCUGUUCUGUAUGAGCUCGUCCAUGUGCUGGUUAGAGUCUCGUCAACUCGGCCAGCAGUUUGUCAAGCAGGCUAGGGCCGUGCUGAAAACUCUGGACGGUUGCCCACUUGACGCUGAGGGCCAGAGGCUGCUCGAAUUUUUCAAUGGCUGCCUCAUCUACGAGGAGAUGCUCCGCAGCGUGGUGAGCGAAGACGAAAUCGACUUUGAGCACAUGCUUAGUUGGCCAGAGCCAGCGACCAAACGGCCUCUAAUACCUGCCGCCUCGCAUCCAUGGAGCGGCGUCUCCUCGGAUGUCCUGAGACUGUUCGGCAAAGCCGUAGCUUUGUGCAGACGGUCCCGCACUCGGUGGCGCCACAAUGAAGGGACGAGCUACCAGAUUCUCCAAGGAGCCAUGCAGGACAUCGCCGAGGCUACAAGAGUGGAGGAGGCUCUGCUCUCGGUCGAUGUCCCACAGCUUCUCGAAUGCCACCCGGCCCCGCAAACCACGGACUCUGCCCGAGACCUGCACCAUGUGUCUGAGGCAUACCGUCUGUGCGCGCUGCUACAGCUCUACGAGACCUUCCCAGAUCUCACCGCUAAACGGAGCCCGAUGCUGAAGGACGCCAACAGAUCUGUUGUCUGGCACUCAUGGGUGGCUCCGCUGGCCCUACACAUCACUGAGGUGCUUGGGAGGGUACCUCCGGGGAGCCUGAGUUGUAUUCAGCCCCUUCUUUGUCUCUGCGCCGGAAGCGGGCUCAGAUAUGACAGCAAAGUUCCUCUGGGAUGCGGACACAGCAGUUAUUUUUUGAGGACAGAUCCCGACGCAGCAACCGUCCGGACAUUAGGGCUUACGGAACCUGACUUGGGCAAUCCCGGCAUAUCCGAGACUGCCAUUAAGAUCUCGCAGGCGCGCCGCUUUGUUAUGGAUCGGUUGGAGCAGCUUGCGCUCUGCCUACCUCCCAAGCCAAUCGGAGUGGCACAACAGCUGAUGCGUGCGGUUUGGGCUGCGUACGAUGCGGAAAUCGGCCUAGCUCGUCGGACACAUUGGCUUGAUGUGAUGAGUAAUACCGGGCUUCACAGCCUCUUUGGCUGA